AUGUUUAAGUUUGGGCUUUGCGCAAUCAAAAAAAGUUGGCCACGGCUUGGCCGGAGAGCCUUUAGCGGCGUGGGACAUGCAACCUCCAGCAGAAGGCUUUUUGCAUCUAGCGGUUUUGGUGUGGCCGUUGGGUCGUAUUUCUCGUACACCCAAAUUCUGAACGACGCCGCACCUGAGCAGGAUCCAGAGAACCUCGUGAGCGUCGACUCGUCUGUGCACGCGUUCCCUGUGGUCACGUCGGACUAUUUGUUGCAAACACCGUUCCAGCUGCUUGGGUAUGGUAUCAGAAUGGUCACUUUUCUGAACAUGAAGGUGUACGCUCUGGGAAUUUAUGUGGCCCGAGAAGACCUGCCGCUGUUAAAAAAGACACUCAGCAGCGUCAGUCCCGACCCGUCGCAGGUGGCCUUUAGUCUGCGAGACCCGGCUCUGUCGCCGCAGGUGAUUGAGCUGCUACUGUCUUCUGGUGUGCGGUUUUCUGCCAAGAUCGUGCCCGUGCGAAACACCGAUUUCAACCAUCUGAGAGACGGCCUGAUUAAAUCAGUUAAGUCCAACCCCAAGUAUAAGGAGCUGAUGAAGCGGGGUGAUGGAACAGACGAGAAGCUGAACGCUGGGCUGGACCAGCUACGGAAGGCGUUUGGGGCUCGCAAAAUGACCGCGACUAAAAACUCUACCCUGAUGCUCCAGCUUCUGAGUGACGGGAAGUUGGCGUUGUCGUUCCAACUGUACACGACCCGGGACCAGAUGGCGGAGCCGUUCAGGAUGGGCGUUGUUGAGGAGCCGCUGAUUGGCAGGCUACUAUUUAUGAGCUAUCUUUCCGGAGCCAAGCCGCUGAGCGAGCCUGCGCGGUCCAAGGCAAUAGACGGAUUUAUUUCGUUGCUAUGA